AUGCCGACCAAAGCGUUGGGAGAAACUUUGAAGGAGUACAUGGUUGUUGGGCGCAAACUCCCGACCGAGAAAGAGCCGGUGACUCCUAUUUGGAAAAUGCAGAUUUUUGCUUCCAACCAUGUUAUCGCGAAAUCUCGCUUCUGGUACUUCGUCUCUAUGCUCCGUAGGGUCAAAAAGGCCAACGGGGAAAUUCUGUCAUGCAAACAGAUCUUCUCCGACAAGACAGCUGGUUCUGUGAAGAACUACGGUGUUUGGCUGAAGUAUGACUCGCGUACUGGUCAUCACAACAUGUACAGAGAGUACCGUGAUGUCACUGUCGCUGGAGCUGUUACCCAAGCUUAUCGUGAUAUGGGAGCUCGUCAUCGUGCACAGGCUGAUCGCAUCCACAUCCUGAAGGUUGCGGAAAUGGCAGAUAUCCCAGAAGGUGACUACGAGAGGGGCAAAAAGGUCUUCAAACAAAGAUGUCUUCAAUGUCACGUUGUCGACUCUAAGGCAACGAAGACUGGGCCAACUCUCCAUGGGAUCAUUGGACGCACCUCAGGAACUGUCGAUGGAUUCGACUACUCCGCUGCCAAUAAGAACAAGGGCGUAGUCUGGACACGUGAAACCCUAUUCGAAUAUCUUCUGAACCCUAAGAAGUACAUCCCAGGAACGAAGAUGGUGUUCGCCGGUUUGAAGAAGGCAGAUGAGCGAGCUGAUUUGAUUAAGUAUAUUGAAGUAGAAUCAGCUAAGCCCUGUUAA